CUUCACCACCUCGACACGCGCUCGUGCUGAGGGGUCCAUGAUUCCCAAGAUAUGCAACGCUGGACCUUGCAUUUCUUUGUGAUAUUGUCACUCACUAGCCUUGCUCUUUCCGAUGUAGCCGCAUGUGUUGCGGCGUGUCAAUUGGCACUGAGAAGUGUCUCUUUUGAAGAUACACCCGCCAAUCUUCCUUACUACUCCACGCAAUGUUCGAGCGCGUUGCGUCUACAGUCAGUCUAUGCAUGUAGCUGGAAGUACUGCCCAGCUACCGCCAUUCAACCUGGCUUGGAUCAAGCCAACAAGACUUGUGUCCAAUAUGGAAACGUCACCUUGCCGUCGUUGGACGGUUUCGGCAAUCUGGAUCCUGGCGAUAUCGACAGUCUGCGAGUUCUGAAUCGAACAGAUGUGUUGAUGGAUCUGAAUAUCAGCCAACCGGCGAUUCCUUCUCAGCUGUUGUUUGAAGAUGCUAGACGGACAAAUGCAGCAUAUCAGACAUCGAUGACCAGUAGCGUCCUGUAUGCUAUUGUCAUGUUUGUCUUCUGGACCCUUGUUGUUCUCACUGGACUCGGCUUUCGUUUCGUUUCAUUUCUCAGUCAAAAGGCCAGGUUCAGGAAGGAAUUCGGAGGAGGAAGUGGUCGAUAUGCCAGAUUCGAGCGAGAUGUUACGAGACAGUUGAAACAGCAUCUACUCGUCCCAGCGGCUUUCUCUCAUCAUUGUGCUGAACCUCUGGGAUGGUGGAUCGUCCCUCCCAGACUCCAAUCACUUAUUAUCCUGACCUUUGUUGUCUUGAACGUCAUCCUCAGUUUCGGCCAUUAUGAUGUCUUCUCUACGAAUCUCUACUGGCCGGAUCACCGCCUCCAGUACGCACGAUAUGUCGGGGAUCGGACAGGAGUUAUGGGAACUGCCAACUUGACCUUAAUCUACCUAUUUGCCACAAGGAAUAACGUCCUUCUCUGGAUUACUGGCUGGAGCUUCGAAACUUCAAUGCAAUUCCACCGGUGGGUCGCCAGAGUUUCGACCGUUCAGGCCAUCGUCCACAGUCUUGCGUACAGUCUGUACGUCUUGGUUGAAGGCGGCAUGUCGCAUUACCGAGCUGUGUGGUUACAAAGAUACUGGACAUUAGGUGCCGUCGCGACAGUAGCCAUGAGCCUUCUCCUGGUCUUCUCACUCUACCCCAUUCGCCAUAAAGUAUACGAAUUGUUUUUAUUCCUGCAUACGACAUUAGCGGUCCUCGUUCUCAUCGGCAUGUGGUAUCACGUGGAAAUCUUCAGCGGCGCAUACAACGUCUUUCUAUGGCCAUGCAUCAUCAUCUGGAUUGCCGAUCGAGUGGCUCGAUUGUGGAAAGUGAUACGAUACAAUAUCCCCUAUCGCGCCGGGUUUGCCACAUACAGUCCUCAAACCAACGUCGUGUGGUUGAACGUCCCUCGAGUUUCCUCGUCUAUUCCUGUUCCAGGUUCAUAUUACUUUCUUUACCUGUUACACGGCACGAAGUGGUAUGAAAGCCAUCCAUUUACGUUAAGUGGUUGGGAAUGUCAAGACCAAGCCCAAGCCCAAGACCUCGACCAAACACGAGACCUAGCUCUCACUACUACCACCGCCACCACAUCAACACAUAAACAAGCCUUGAAUCUCCAAUUCAUCAUCCGACCAUACAACGGCCUGACCGGCCGAUUCCGCGAUCUCGUCCGAUGUCAAGGCGGCGACCACAAAAACGGCCGAAACGUACGAGUUCUCGUCGAAGGACCAUACGGACCAAAACACAAUCUUCAACAAUACGACACGAUUGGAUUUAUUGUCGGAGGCACCGGCGUAGCCAUUACCCUUUCCUACAUCUCCGACAUGUUAUUCUCCGCUCGAUCCAAAAUCGGAGCUGGAAGUCCUGGAUACACUUACCGCGUCCAUCGCCUGCACAUCGUCUGGGCAGUUCGAGAACUAUCUCUAUUCCAAGAAACAUUCGACCGCGAACUUCGUCCCAAACUCACUGAAAUGAGUAAACUCUCCGGCCGACCGAUGGAAGUCCAUAUCCAGAUCUACAACACGGGAGGCACAAAUAAUGAGGAACAACGACAAAGUACCGAUGCGGCGAUUCGAGAUGCCGAGUUGGAACCAAUGGUCUCAUCAGACGAUUCGGUACAGUUUUUACGUGGAGAUGAAGAAUUGCAACCAGAUGAACAUUCUCCUUUGUCGUCUCCGCCGGGGACGGUCACGCCGGAUGGCUUGAGAUUGUCGAUUUAUAGACAUAGGCCAAGGUUGGAGAAUAUUGUGAUGAGGUUUGUGGCGAGUGAUGUGGGCGAUGAUAAUAGUACGUGUGCGAUUGUCGCUUGUUGUCCGGCGGCGAUGGCGGAUGAUGCGAGGAAGGCGGUGGUCGAGGCUAUUGGGCAGGGAUAUGGAGGGAUUGAUUUUUAUCCCGAGAGUUAUGCUUGGUAAGAAAGAACAGGGAGGUGAAGGGAGGGAGAGAAGUAGUUAGGAGGGAGAAUAGCGUGGGUUUGGAAUUUGGAGUUCGUUUGGAGUCUGGGUCUCUCGUGGGUGGGUGGAACAUGAAACGACAUUUAGAAAGGUAAUACAUUCUUUGGGAAUUCAAAGACAGAUCACGAAAUUUACGAUUUUGAUGAUUCAAUGGUCA